AUGGGUAUGGGAAAUGAAGCAAGUUAUGCAGAAGACGGCCCAUAUGAAGAGAACAUUCUUGGAGGAGACUUUGGCUCAACUGAAAUACCGGAAGAUUUGAUGGAAGAACCCAAUGAAGAACAAUAUGAAGAAAGAGUGUUUGAAGAUUUUGAAGCCGCCAAUCAACCACUAUAUGAUGGAUGUGUUGAAGGUAUUUCUCAACUAUACUUGGCAUCUCGUUUAAUGAAAGUAAAAACUGAUCAUAAUUUGGCGGAGUCAUGUAUGGAUGAGAUAUCACAAACUUUUAGAGAUGUUUUGCCACAACCAAAUAUAGCUCCUGAGUCAUAUUAUGAGAUGAAGAAGCUGACGAAGUCGCUUGGUCUCCCUGUUGUCAAGAUCGAUAUUUGUGAGGAUAAUUGCAUGUUAUUUUGGAAAGAAGAUAGCGGGCUGUUGGCGUGUCGGUUUUGUGGGAAAGAUAGAUUUCACAAGAACCAUGGAAAGGGAAAGAGGCGUCCAAAACAGAGAAUGUUCUAUUUGCCUAUUACAGAGAGGUUGAAGCGUCUGUACCAACAAGAGUCUACUGCAUCACAAAUGCGAUGGCACGCAGAACAUGAGUCGCCAGAAGGAGAAAUGCACCACCCUUCAGAUGCUGCAGCAUGGAAGCAUUUUAACAAGGUAUAUCCUGAUUUUGCGGAGGAAAGUCGAAAUGUUUAUCUAGGAUUAGCAACAAAUGGAUUUAAUCCAGUGGGUAUGAGCGGAGAAGCCCACUCGGUCUGGCCCGUCAUCGUAACCCCGUAUAACCUACUUCCUGCAUAUGAUGUCUCGAAGAAGCAAAAAUUUUCGAUGCGAGCCGCACUAAUGUGGACAAUUAAUGACUUUCCCGCUUACGGCAUGAUGUCCGGAUGGAUGACUCAUGGCCGGUUAGCUUGUCCAUAUUGUCUUGAUGAUACAAAGUCUUUUUGGUUGCAACAUGGAAGGAAGUAUAGCUGGUUUGACUGCCAUAGAAUGUUCCUGCCUAAGGAGCAUCCUUACAGAAGAAAUGUCCAAGCUUUUCGAAAGGGGCAGACAGUAACUGAUGAUCCUCCACGAUGGUUGACGGGAGAAGAAAUUCUUCGCGAAAGAAUCAACAACAUCGAAGGAUUGAAGAAAACUAUCGAUUGUGGAGGAAAUGGACACGAGAAACCUGCGAGCAUUAUAAACGGCUACGGCAAAGACCACAAUUGGGUGAAGAAAAGUAUCUUUUGGGAGUUGCCGUAUUGGGAAAACCUUCUUCUUCGCCACAACGUGGACUUCAUGCACGUUGAGAAAAAUUUCUUUGAUAAUCUUAUCAACACGGUGCUUAAUGUUCCCGGGAAGACAAAAGAUAAUGCAAAGUCGAGGAUGGAUCUACCUGAUUUGUGCAGAAGAUGGCGACUUCUCCCAUUUGCGUUUAAGGAAUUACUUCCCAAAAGUGUUCACAUUGCCAUUUCAGAGAUAGCACUUUUCUUUCGUGAUAUCUCUGCGAAGAUACUUAAGCACGAAGAUGUUGCUAUUUUGAAAGAAAACAUUGCGGUGAAGCUUUGUAAUUUGGAGAAGAUUUUUCCACCGUCGUUCUUUGAUGUUAUGGAACAUUUGGCCGUACAUUUAGCAGACGAAGCUGCUUUAGGUGGUCCAGUGCAAUAUAGAUGGAUGUAUCCUUUCGAGCGAUACAUGAUGUUCGAGGAGUUUAUGACAGAGAGAAACCCAUAUAUGUCUACUAAUGAUCUACAAAUACUGAAAGACCAACAUUUUGCUGAAUGGGUGAAAAACUAUGUUGUGCAAGCGAGUAACACAUAUGAGUUUCCGAUGUGGAUGUUAGAUUUUGUACAAGGUCCGCAACGUAAGUAUAAAUCUUGGCCGAUUUACCAUUCACGUGGAUACUGCUUCCACACACAGUGCCAUGGCCAAGAUAAGAAAACCCAACAUUACGGCGUCCAAGUUCGUGGAACCAUAGAUACUGACUAUUACGGUUUGAUCGAGGAGAUAAUAAUGGUUGAGUAUUUUGGUUCCGUUGGACUGAAGGCCAUGGUUUUUAAAUGUAAGUGGUUUGAUACAACUGAAGGACGGGGAAUUCGAAAACAUAAAUCAGGAAUCAUUGAUGUGUCUCCGCGUUGGCAGUAUGAGAAAUAUGAUCCAUUUAUCUUAUCUGGUAAUUGUGAUCAAGUUUGUUUUAUUCCUUAUCCGCGGGUACGACAUACAUCAGCCAACGAUUGGUGGGCAUGUACAAAAGUUAUGCCUAGAGGGGUUCGAGAAACCUCCGAGGAUGCUCUUGUUGCAUUACAAGAUGAGACACACAACCAAGUUGUUGCACAGAGCGUGAUGCUGCGCAUUGAGACGUAUGUUGUCGAAGAUGAUUCAGAUUAUGAAUCUACACCAGUUGUUCCUCCUAAUGACGAAUACGUUUCAGAAGAUGAAUUAGAUGAGGCUUGUACUGAUUCGGAUUCGGAAUCUGAUUCAAGUUCUUAG